AUGUGGUCAAUUACCACUCGUAGGAUUCCAUCGUUAGUAAGAACUUUUUGUCAAUCAAAGAGAGUCUGGCACCAAGUUGACAUUGAAGCAUCAACUCUUCUACAAAAGAAUUUACUCCAAAGGAACAACGCACUAUACAACUAUGGAUCAGGCACCAUAAGAUGUACAAUAUUUGAUAAAGUGGGCCAAUACCAUCCAGUAGAGAUGAAGAGGAAAGAUUUAGUUUCCAAACAUGAGCUGUUGCCGAGAGAUCUAAGAAAGAUUGAAAGGUCAAGAAAACAAGAUUUAGUGCCCAGUCUCUUGGUGAGACAAAAUGGAAUUCUUAUAAGUCUGCUCACCACUAGAGCGCUCAUCAUGCCUGACAUGGUUGUUGUAUUUGAUUCUGUAGGAAGUGGAAUUUCCUUGGAUUCAAGAACUCACAAGAAAUUCAUUCAAGAUUUAGAAUUGAGAUUAGGCAACCAAGUAGUUGAUAAGGAUUCUUUACCCUAUGAAUUCAGAGCCUUAGAAGCUAUCUUCGUGUCAGCGCUGUCCAAUAUGUCAAGUGAGAUGAAAGUUCUCUUGACAGUUUGCAAUGGUAUCCUCGAGGAUUUGGAAUACAGUAUCACUAGGGAUAAACUACGAUUUCUGCUGGUUCAGAACAAAAAAUUAACAGUGUUUCGUAGGAAAGCUGUUCUGGUGAGGGAAAUGCUUAACGAUAUCCUCGAGCAAGAUGAUAUGCUUUGCGGGAUGUAUUUAAGUGAUAAAUUACGUGGGAACCUGAGAGCUAAAGACGAUCAUGCUGAAAUUGAAAUGUUACUAGAGACCUACUACACACAUGUUGAUGAGAUUGUACAAACAGUGGAAGGUACCAUUUCUAACACCAAAACCACUGAAGAAAUUAUCAACAUCGUUUUAGAUUCCAACCGAAAUCAACUAAUGCUGUUGGGGAUCCGCUUUGCCAUGGGCACACUUUCAUUAGGGGCUGCACUAUGGAUAGGCUCACUAUAUGGUAUGAAUUUAGAAAAUUUCAUCGAGGAAACGUCUUUUGGGUUUAUCUUUGUUACUACUCUCGGUCUAUUGGGCAUGUCAUGGCUCUUUAUUUACAGCAUUAGACAACUCCACAAACUGCAAAAGAUGUCAUUGGCGGCAAGCUCACAUAUCAAUAUCAAAUAA